CAGAAUAAUAUACCACAGAAUAAUAUACCACAGAAUAAUAUACCACAGAAUAAUAUACCACAGAAUAAUAUACCACAGAAUAAUAAUUAUUAUGAUAAUGAUUCAUAUUAUCCUAAAUAUGAUUAUUCGAAUAAUACUUAUAAUUAUGUGGAUUAUAAUAAUAUGAAUUAUCUGAAUUAUGCAUAUCCCUAUAAUAAUUAUAAAAAUGAAAAUGGUUCAUGUAGUAAUUUGGACAAUAUAUAUUAUACAUAUGAUUAUUAUGCAAAUAAUUAUUAUGUAAAUAAUAAUUAUUCAUAUACUAAUUAUAAUCCUAAUAAUCUUUCAUAUUCUAAUUAUAACCGUAAUAAUCAAUCAUAUGAUAAAUGUCCUAAUUGUAAUCAUAUAUAUGAUAAUUGUCCCAAAUGUAAUUGUCCAAAUGCUAUUUGUCUCAAUUGUAAUAAUCAAUAUUAUAAUAAUUCAAAUAAUAAUUAUCCAUAUGAUAAUAAUUCAAAUAAUAAUUAUUCAUAUGAUAAUUAUUCAAAUAAUAAUUAUUCAAAUAAUAAUUAUUCAUAUGAUAAUUAUUCAAAUAAUAAUUAUUCAAAUAAUAAUUAUUCAAAUAAUAAUUAUUCAAAUAAUAAUUAUCCAUAUGAUAAUUAUUCAAAUGAUAAUUAUCCAUAUUAUAAUUAUCUAUAUAGUAGUUUUCCAUAUAAUUUUUAUCCAUAUAAUUAUUAUAUAUAUAAUAAUUUUACAGACAAUAAUACUCAUUGUUCAUUCGGUAAUGACAAGACAUAUAUCCCUACCAAUUGUAUAGAUAACCAUGUAGAUAAUUUACAAAAAAAUCAUUCUGAUAUUUACAUUAUCCGUACAUGCAAUUAUAAAAAUUUAUCUAAUAUGAACAAUGUGUAUAUACCUACCAAUAUAGCAUAUAAUUACAAGGAAGAUACUGCAGAUAUUAUUAACACUGAAAAUAAUAUGAAUAAUCAUGUAAAUAAUCAUAGCAGUAAUCAAAUUAAUAUGGAAACAAAGAAUGAUGUGGAAAAAAUGAAUAUGGAAAAAAAGGAUAUAGAAAUAAAGAAUAAUAUGGAAACAAAGAAUAAUAUGGAAACAAAGAAUGAUGUGGAAACAAAGAAUGAUGUGGAAACAAAGAAUGAUGUGGAAAAAAAGGAUAUAGAAAUAAAGAAUAAUAUGGAAAAAAAGAAUGAUGUGGAAACAAAGAAUAGUAUAAACAAUAUUGAUGAUAGCAGAGAAAAAGUGCGUAUGACAAAUAAAGUCAUUAAAAUCGUUAGUCCAUUUGAUGGUAACUCAAAAAAUAUAAAUACUAUUGGUAAUGACAAAGAAAAUAAAAUUAAUCAAGAUGAUGGAACAAAAAAUAUUAAUAUUAUGAAUGAUACCACUAAAGAUGUAAAUAAUACAAAUGGAAACUCAAAAGAUGUAUAUAAUCCAAAUUGUUACUCAAAGAAGAGAUGUUAUUUAAAUUAUUUCUUAGAAGAUAGAUUUAAUUUAGAUUAUUACUUAAAAAAGAGACGCUAUUUAAAUUAUCCCUUAGGAAAAAGAUAUAAUUCAUAUAAUUACUCAAAAAACAGAUAUAAAUCUGAUAAUUACUCAGAAAAUAUAAUUAAUAUAAAAGAUAACAAUAAAAACAAGAAUAAUAAAGAUGAUAAAUUAGAAAUAAAGAAUAAUUCAAAUGAUACUACAGAAGAUGUAUCUAAGAAAAAUGAUGACAAAUAA